UGCCGUUGGAGGACAGCCUGGGAAAAACCUCAAUUGCUGCAAUGUUGGAAGCGGACGUCCAGACCCUCGUCCACCGCUUCUAUGCCCUUCAGAGUGAACGGGUCGAAGCCUACCACCUCUUUGAAGAGGGCCACCGGGCGUAUCUCCGAAGCGGCCCUGACUACGACUUCACCCGCUACCGCCAGCUGGUGCAUGAGAUCACCCAGGCCUUCAGCGGGAUCUCGCGGGAGAUCCUGCAGAUCAAGGAGCAGCUGGAGGGACCCCGCGGGCGGCCUGACCUCGCACAACACCUGGGGCGCCUCCAGGAGAAGGAGAAGGAGAAACUCGAGCUGACAGCGCAGCUGCAACUCGCCAAACAAAAUGCUCAGGACCACCCCGGCGUAGAAGCCCACCCGCAAGAGGUUCGAGAGCUCAAGCAGAGGCUAAUUCAAACCAUCGAGGCAAUCAGCGAAAUUCUCCAAGAUUUCAAGUACGAUUCUGAAGAAAGCUCUUGACGGGACGUCCCACAGGAGGAGGAGGAAGGAAGGGGGCGAGAGGAACACCCCCUGCAAGCGAGCAACGUUCAGAUCGCUCUCCCCCCCAGCCCCCCGCCCCUCUGCCCGCUUCCUUACCCGGUCUGGGUUCUGACCUGCCUCGCACGCAGGCCCCGACGCGAGGGGGCUCGGCCGGACGUGCUUUGGCCCUCCGCCCGGCACGAAAGGCUCCAGACCCACGCCGAACGAGCCCAAUAAAGACUUCUCCCUAGACUGGGGGGGUCGGCUGGAGCUGGAGAUGUGGGGCAAGGGGGUGGGAACGUUCUCCUCGUUCGUUUGGAGUCAAUAAAAGCUUCUUGUUUACUUGA